UAUAAAGUGAGGACUGUAUGGAACUUUGGACACAGGGCUGUUCAGAAGGAAUGGGUGGUUACAUACCAGGAAUGUGUUGAGAUUUUGGAGCCCAGACUCCUUUCUGUGCCUGACAGAAUAACAGCAUCCCCAUAUGAUUCUGCUGUCUGAUUAUCAGUGUUUGAACAUAUUGCUUUACGUGGUAAAGGGGCAUUAAAUUUGCCAUAAACUGACUUUAAAGUAAGAUUAACUUGGAUUAUCUGGGUGGAAGGACCUAACACAAUCGCAAGAGUCCUUAAAAGUGGGAAAGAAAGAAGCAGAAGGGAAAACUAGAGAGGUCACAGCCAGAGAAGGACUCAACUUGACCCUGUUGGCUUUGAAGCUGGAGAAAAUAAGCUCGGACUCAAGGAAUACAGGCACAUACUACAAAGUGUAAAAGGAGCUCCAGGAACCUGCUGGUGAAAGACUUGUCUGAGGCAGUGUUUGCAAAACACAGAGAAGACAAGGCCAAGGCACUUCAAGGCUUCAAGGUCUGUGGGUUCCAUUCACCCAGCUGCUGCCAUUUCUUCUGCCUGUUUGCUUCAACCAGAGUCAUCAUGCCUCGAGCUCCAAAGCGCCGACGUAAUGUGCUUAAAGAAGAUCUUCAGGCACAGUGCAAGGAUUCUUCUUCAUCCUCCACGUGUUCCUCUUCUUUUCCCUGCUCUUCUUCCUCUUCUACAUCCUCCUCUCAGAAUCCUCCAUUGUCAAGUAUUCCAGAGGAAAAUUUGGUUGGUGAUAGCACUCAGAGUGUUGCUCUGAGUCCUCAGGAGGCCUGCUCCUCUUCUGCUGUGAUGACCUGCACUCCACAGAGCCAAUCCAGUGAGGGUGCCAGCAGCCAAAAUGAUGAGGGCCCUAGCACCUCACAGGCUAUGGGAGAUCCUGAGGCUUUUCCCAGACAUGAGAGAGACGCAAAGGUGUCUGAUUUGGUGGAGUUUUUUCUCCACAAAUAUCAGAUAAAUACACCCACCAGCAAGGAAGAAAUACUGAUGUGUGUGAUUCCGCAUUACCAAGAUCACUUCCAAGUGAUCUUUGAUGAAGCAUCUGAGUGUAUGAAGCUCGUCUUUGGCAUUGAUGUUAGGGAAGUGGACCCCACUGUCCACUCCUAUGCCCUUGCUAUCUCCCUGGGCCUCACUUAUGAUGGAAUGCUUAGUGAUGUUCAGGGUAUGCCCAAGACUGGCCUCCUGAUACUUAUCCUGAGCGUCAUUUACAUGAAUGGCAAUUGUGCCCCUGAGGAAGAGAUCUGGAAUGUGAUGAUUGGGAUGGGGUUGUCUUUUGGCGAGUGGCACUACAUCUAUGGGGAGCCUGGGAAGCUCCUCACUGAAGAUUGGGUGCAGGAAGGGUACUUAGAGUGUCAUCAGGUGCCCAACAGUGAUCCUCCGCGUUUCCAGUUCCUAUGGGGUCCAAGGGCCCACGCUGAAAUUAGAAAGAUGAAUCUUUUGAAGUUUUUGGCUGAGAUUAAUGAGAGUGAUCCAAGAGCCUUCCCAAUAUGGUAUGAAGAGGCUUUGAGAGAUGAGCAAGAGAGAGAGCGUGCCAGAAUUGCUGCAGCAGAUGCUUGUGCCAUAGCUAGUCCAAGUUCUAGUGACAGCAGCAACAUUGCCUACCAUAAGUAAUGUCAGUCAGAUUCUUUACUCUUCACGUUAAUGGAGAACUCAGCGUUCAGUAUUAGAUCAGCUAGAACUAGAAGGAACAAAUUGUAUCAUGUCUUUGUUUUACUGUUCUCAAUGGAAGUUUUAGGGAUUUAUUCUUCUUUAUAUUAGAUAUUUUAGCUUCUGAAUCAAUGUUAAUUAAAUUGCUCAUACAUUUAUUACUGCUUAUUCAUAAUAGACAACUAAAGUUUUUACUACUUUGUAAAACAAUUUGGGAAACACUCAUCUUGUUUAUAAUUUGGGACAAGAUUCUGU